UAAAUGUCAUAUUCAAACAGCUUUAUGAUGAAUUAUUAAAGCAAAAAUUAUGCUGGAGAGCGUGAAUACUUCAUAGCCCUAUUAGUAGACUUCAUAGCUUUAUAAGGCAGUUUAAGUCCCAGGUGAACCGCAUCCUAUGCUUUUGUUAUUAUUGUAGACUUCAGUGAAGAAGAGAGAUGGCACAUACUGUGAGUUGGGAGGCUGAGUUGAAUGUUCCUGCAAACCAAAUAUGGAAGGCCUUUGAGAAUUGUGCAGAUAUUUUUCCCAAGCUGAUGCCCAAUCACUUCAAAAGCAUUGAUGUACUUGAGGGAGAUGGCAUCAGCCCUGGAAGUGUUAGACUCAUUAAAUAUGGAGAAGGGUUUCAGUUGGCAACUUACAAAUUGGAAAAAAUAGAAUCCCUGGAUGAGGCGAAAAUGACUGCCACUCACACCGUGCUCAAUGGACAGAUAAUGAAUAAGUACAAGACAUACAAGCUGACAUUGAAGGUAAGCCCCGGAGCCACUUCAGCCACUUGCAUUGUGAAAUGGAUUAUUGAGUAUGAGCCGGCCCAUGAAGGUGAGGUUGCACACCCAGAGAAUGCCAAGGAAACUGCUGUACACACCUUCAAGGUCUUGGAAGAAUAUCUGCUCUCCAACCCACUUCCGGUGGCUUAGCAUAGCUGUUACUAUAUAUGUCCCUAUUGCUGAUUGAUCCUACACCUAAAUAAUUGAUUAGUGGUAUUAUGUGAUGAUAAAGGGUUAGAUUUAAGAAGUAUUUGUUUGAGCCUCUAUAAAGCCUUUUUUAUCCAUGAUCUCCAUUGGCUUGAUAUUUUAUAUCAGCAAUGGUGAUCUGUUCUGUGUGAAAGAAAGGUCUUGUAUGGCUUUGUGUUUUGAAUCAGCUUUGAUGGUGUACUCUGUGAUUUGUUGAAUGCUUUAUUAAGGUAUGAGUGUUCAGCUAUUAGUUUC